AUGCUGCAAACAGGGCUUAUUUCCAACGCUCACAAUGACCUUCUGACCGACGCGUCCUAUGAUUUCUAUGGCCUGCGGCUCGCGACGUGCAGCCUCGAUCAGAGAAUCAAAAUAUGGCGGCUGGACGAAACUACUGGCACAUGGAACGUCGAGGACGACUGGAAGGCACACGAUGCUGCUGUCGCGCAAGUGGCGUGGGCUCACCCUGAAUUUGGGAGUAUCGUCGCGUCCGCGUCGUUCGACCGUACGGUGAAGGUAUGGGAGCAGGUACCCGCAUCCGCGUCAGACGCGGAUGCAGGCGCAGGACCAUCAGCACGGUGGGUGGAGCGUGCGAUGCUGGUUGACGCGAAGGGCACCGUGCGUGCGGUAGAGUUUGCGCCCCAGCAGUUUGGGUUGAAGCUGGCGACAAUCGCGUCGGACAACCACCUGCGGAUAUACGAGUGUCUCGAGCAGCCAUCACUGAAUACCUGGCAAUUGAGCGAGGAGGUCGACGUCCUCUCCCUUCCAUCCUCCUCCGGGAAGCGAUCAAAUGUACCCACUGUCACACUUGCCACACCUACCCAGCCAGGGGCAGACGGAGGCUGGUGUCUUUCGUGGUGCAAAGACCGUUAUUGGGGGGAAAUAAUCGCCGCUGGGUGUGGUAUCAACGGCAUUGUGAAGGUACAACACUACGCCGAUAUCAUCCAGCUCUUCUCGUCCCGUCGUCCAGCGACACUGCUCUCCCUGGACCCAACUCCUGCACCUGCGCACGCGAGCAUCGGCGAGGGCGCGAGUAGGACACAGGCGGCGUUGAACGACGAUACGCCGGCACCGUACGCAAUCACAACUGUCGCGUGGGCGCCAUCUUGUGGUCGUUCGUACCACCUUGUUGCCACGGGUGGACGUGACGGCCAUGUGCGGAUAUGGCGUGUGCGGCCACCGACCCCUGGAGACGAGCUGGAUGGCGAGAGGGACGGGAGCGCCGUGGAGGAAAAAUGGACCGCAAGUAUUGUGGGCGAUUUUGACGACCACAAGUCCGCUGUGGGGCGGGUUGAGUGGAACAUAACUGGAACGACGCUGUCGUCUGCGGGCACAGAUGGGCGGAUACGUCUGUGGAAGAUGACUGCAGGGAACGUGUGGAGGCCGGCGGGUCAUAUUAGCGUCGAGCAAGCAGAAGAACAUCAAGGGGAUGUGGACAUGGAAGAUAAUGCAGUCGAUGGCUAG